AUGACUGGAUCCAAGAUGACAGAGGUCGACGGAAGCGGGACGAGGUUGUCUUCUCCGGCGGGACAGCUCGUCUUCUCCGGCGCGACGAGGUCGUCUUCUCCUGCGGGACAGCUCGUCUUCUCCGGUGGGACGAGGUCGUCUUCUCCGGCGGGACAUCUAGUCUUCUCCGGCGGUAUGAGCUCGUCUUUUCCGGCGGGACAACUCGUCUUCUCCGGCGGGAAGAGGUCGUCUUCUCCAGCAGGACAGCUCGUAACAUGUGCACUGACGCGGUCGCCGGAGAAGCCGGAAUCUGGUCAGGAAGAGUUGCAGCUGGCGGUGAUGUGUGGCAGAGUCGGGGUGGAUGUGGGGCGGCAAUGUGAGGCGGAGCUGGUGGAGUUCCGGCCGGCGAUGUGGUGGCGGCGGUUGCCGGUGGUUGCGGACCUGCGGUGUUGGUCGGCAGGUUGGCCGACGACGCCUUGA